CGCAGGCCUUGAAGACAUGCCAUGCCUGUCAGUGGUCCAAGAGGUAAGAAAUAAGACAAGGUCAUGUAAGAUCCAGGAAGUCAUCACUUGCACAGUGUUGAGGUUUAAAACACUGAGCUAACAAACAGAAGGAGAGGAAAUGAGUGGGGCUAUGCCAUUGGAUACAUCACCAUCUAUAUCUGACCAAUCAGCACAAGUCUUCUUUGUACCAUCUACCAAUGGCGCGUCAGGAAUUGACAACUCUAGUCAGAUCCUUCAGGGAGAGAGUUUGCCAAGAAUGCCUCAACAGGGAGGCAUGUCUUCUUCAGAAAACACAGGAGGGGGAAACUCUGUCCUCCUAACUGCGUCCGAUAUCCUCCAGUCCCUUUCGAUGGUACCCAACGGCCUGGCAGAGCCAGAAUCACAGAGCCAGCAUGACAUGUCUGUCAGUAGCGUGGCUAACGCCGAUACAGCAAACCCCAGCGGCGGUCAAGAAACGGUAGAAAUCACCGCCAAAUCCAUCGUCAUCCUCACGCCAAAGGGACAGGGGCAGAUCAGUUUCAGUAACUCCCGGUUGGCCGAUUCCCAACCGGCGAAGGAACUGAUGGUACAGGGUGUACCGCUGAACAUGCAGCCCAUCGCGGCCACCUCCGUACCGUGUACCACCAUGGCAACGCUCCCGCCUGGUUCCAUCAUCGUCACGCUGCCGCACGAAAUGGAGAACCAAAAUGGCGUCUGUAGCGCAAGGAAGAUGCAAGCUGUGAAGGACAAGUCCAUUCUAGGAAGGGAGAAACAGAAAAGGAAGGAUGGAGUUGUUUGUGAUGUUUGCAGUGCAGGGUUUAGUACGAAACACAGCCUCCUUCGUCAUAAGCAACUUCACAAGGCUGACACUGAGGAGGACCACAGACCUGCAUGUGAACUGUGUGGCAAAAGGUUUCACCAGAUGUCAGAUCUGAGGAGACACGUCCAUACACAUACAGGUACGGAGCCGUACCGUUGCCAGCUGUGCGGGCGGGGUUUCCUACGCCGCAGUGAUCUCAGCACCCACCUGAGGUUCCACAACAAGGCCAAACCCUUCCAGUGUGCCUUGUGUAACAAGACUUACUACCAGUCAGGUGACUUGAAGAGGCACAUCCGCAGAUCCCACGAGCAGACUGCAGACCUGGCCUGCCCCCUGUGUGAGAAGAUGUGUGCUACAGAACGGUCUUUCCAAACACACCUCAGGGCACAGCACAACAGUACUAGUGUUCUCAUGACACAGCACACAGGACAACUCAGGUCAGCCAUGGGCAGAGGACAGACUUCUGUCACAAGUGUGCAAGAAAAGGCUGGGCAACACGUGUAGCCGGUCAGCAGUGUCCAGGGGUGUGUAAAUGGUCAGCGGUGUGUAGCUGGUCACUGGUGUCCAGGCAAGGCUGACUGGAGCCAAGUUGUGUUGUUAUGGAUAUUAAAUGCUGUAACUAAUUACUGAUAGCAAAUUAUAACUAUACCACAACAGAGAUGUAUUGAAAAUACACCAGGAGAUAUUGAA